AUGUCUCCCUUCACCGAGCAGCCCCUUUUCCUACCCGAUUUCUUCUGCACGGGAGGAGGCUGGUCGACAACCGACAAUGAAGAAAAAGUACCAGAACUAUUAUGGGGAGUGGAUCAAGUGAACACAACUCCGGAACCGGAAGGAACAUCUAAUCCUACACAAGAAAGUACAUGUCUACCAACUCAGGAGGUAUCUUCUAAUCUGAGUCUGGCACCUGAUGUUGGGCAACAAGAACAAGAAGAAAUUGGUACAAGCUUAGAACCUGCAUCAAAGAAACUAAGAAGUAAUGUAUGGGAAAGAUAA